CCCGCCGAGAGAGACGGGCCUUGAGGAGAAGGCGAUGAUGGCGGCGGCGGCGGCGGCCGCGGGCGGGUUCAGAACCGUGGAACCUUUGGAGUAUUACAGAAGAUUUUUACAAGAAAAUUGUCGGCCUGACGGAAGGGACCUUGGUGAAUUCAGAACUACAACUGUCAACACAGGUUCAAUUACAACCGCAGAUGGCUCCGCCCUUGUGAAGCUUGGAAAUACUACAGUGAUAUGUGGCAUAAAGGCGGAAUUUGCAUCACCCCCUGUUGAUUCCAGUAACAAGGGAUAUAUUGUUCCUAAUGUGGAUCUUCCUCCACUCUGUUCAUCAAGAUUUCGGCCUGGACCUCCAGGGGAAGAUGCUCAGGCAGCUAGUCAGUUUUUGGCAGAUAUGAUUGAAAAUUCACAGGUAUUACUGAAAGAAGAUCUCUGCAUUGUAGAUGGGAAGAUCGUUUGGGUUCUGUACUGUGACAUUAUAUGCUUAGACUACGAUGGAAACCUUCUGGAUGCGUGCAUCUGUGCUUUCUUAGCAGCUUUAAAAAAUGUGAAGUUGCCUGCUGUUACUGUAAAUGAAGAAACUGGUUUAGCAGAAGUUAACUUGAAAGAGAAGAUUCCUUUGACUAUUCGAAAGCAACCAGUGGCUACAUCAUUUGUGUUAUUUGACAAGUUAGUGAUUGUUGACCCAACAGCAGAAGAGGAGGACUUGGCAACUGGGACUUUAACCAUUGUCACUGAUGAAGAAGGAAAUCUGUGUUCUGUUUAUAAGCCAGGAGGAAGCGCAUUAACAGGAGCAAAAUUUCAAGAUUGUAUCAAUCGGGCAAGAGCACGGCACAAAGAAGUGGAGAAACUAAUGGAUAAAGUGGUGAAAAGUGUAAAAGAAACAUAAAGAGAGCCUUUUUAAAGGUAGAUUUAUAAAAAGUAUAUUUGCUACAGUGCUUACAAGCUCAUUAUCUUGAAUAAACAAGUACUACAAUUA